UAUGUAGGAAUUAGAAGAGUUCUUAGAAAAAUAAAAAGACUUAAAUAUCAAAAUGAUGAGAGAUAUGUUACAAACACAAAGUCUAAUCCAGCAUAAUUUGUCUAUUGGAUUAGACUCUUUAAAAAAGUGCAUCGAAAAUUUACCUAAUAAAAUUGUCCCUAAAUAGGGAUUGUAAUCUAGAAUCACUAUACAAAGACAGAAGUAUUAGGUUUAUUUGAAUUAGCCAACAUCAAUUUAUUUUAAGUCAAUUGGGUCAUAAGAAUUUUAUAUCCUACUUGAAUUUAGAGGAAGAGAUCAAGGAAAUAUAUCGAGAGAGGAUGUUCAAUUUGUCUGUUAGUAUGAGAGAUAUGAAUGGAGAUCUUAUAGAGGAUGAGGACUGUCCUAUAUUUUUAAGAAUGUAAAAUUCCCUUAUAAAUCAGAUACACAUCGGAGAAAUUUCCAAAAGAAGUUUAUUCCAACAUUAGAGGAAAACCAAUAUUUAAAGGAUAAACAUAAAUACUUCUCAGAGGAAAAGGUGAAUUUUAAAGAAUCUCAAUCACUGAAGUUUUAUCAUCAUAUAAAUAUUAUAUUAGGUUUCCUCUCAUUUCCCUUCAGGAAAAUUUCUUUUAGUGAUAUUUUCUGAGAAAUAAUACGUCAAACCCUACAUAAUUGAUAAUUUAAUUGUUAAAGCGAAAAAAUUGCUCAAAUGA